AUGAGCCUUCCCAACCUCGCAGGUCCCGGAGCCUCUGCGCCCGCAUCCAUCGCCUCGAGUGCUAGGAUCCCCACCAUUCCUUCUCAGGGGAUGCCCUCGCGAUCUGGUGGUCUUCCUGGUUCCUCAACAAGCGCCGUGCCCUCGGUCAUAUCGGCUGUCGCUGGUGCCACGGCCGGAUCGGGCUUGGCUAGUGAACAGCCUGCGGUGAGUGUGGUUACUCCGACAGCAACUGUUGGAGGAGCGCCAGCGCCUGCUGCGUCGGGUUUCGACCCGCGGUCAUCUGGAAACGUUGCAGUAAAUUUUGGCCUGCCCGGGACGGAAGUUAAGGGUACCCUCUUGGAGACGUGCUCGGACCCCAAUGUGGAUAUCGUGAUAUUGGGCUUCUUGUCGGAGGUAGCGUACGGCGCGAGCAUCUACCCUCGGUUGCAGCUGAAUCCGUGCAUGGCCAGCACGCAAAGCUCGCAGAUGAAGAAGCUCGCACCCGGCUUGUUUUACUACCCCACGAUCGAGGCAGAUAUCAUCCAGUGCCAAACCAAGUACGGCAAAAAGAUCUUCCUCGGCAUCGGCGGAGAAGGUAACACUCUCCCUCUCGCCUCCGAUGAAGACGCGAUUACGUUUGCGAACCACGUCUGGGAACUGUUUGGUCCCCUCGGCCACAUCGACCCUUCGCUGCGGCCAUUCGGCUCAGCGGUGUUGGACGGGUACGAUCUGAACAAACAAGACGAAUGCGCCGCCAACUUCGACACCUUCGGCGCCACGCUGCGCUCGCACUUCAGCGCCGACACGGCCAGGGACUACUUCCUGUCCGCCGCGCCCGGCUGCUCCUACCCAGACAUCUCGAUCCACCCGGGCUACCUCGCCCAGAGCGACUUCGUGUGGCCGCGCUUCUACAACAACUCCCGAUGCGAGAUCGGCAGCGCCGGCUUCCUGGGCGCCGUCAAGGGAUGGUCCGCCGCCGUGGCCGAGAACGCCAUCCCCUCCCGCGACAGCACCCCCGGCAGAACCCACCUCUACAUCGGCCUACCCGCGCGGCAGGACGUGGUUUCAAUCCUAGCAGGGCUGCUGGCAACGGCCAAGGAGGCCAUACAGCAACAGCAGGAGGAGGGCGGGCUUGGCGGGGUUAUGAUCGCUGUGCUGGGGAAGGGCGGGGAUGGGUUGGGCUUGAGGGGGGUAUUGGGGGCGGUUAAGGCGGCUUUGGGGGCGCUUGUUUAG